AUGGCCUCCUCGACCACAUCUGAAGAUACGCCUCCGCCGCGCAAACGACUGCGGCAAGACCCAGAUUCGCACUCUUCGACGCGUAAAUCGCAUCAAAAUACUCGCUUAUUUGUUCCAUUCCGGGCAUUGGGCUUGAUAACCGACCAUGUUCCAUUUGUGCUGCAAACUCGAUCAUACAAGGGUGCUGUCGACGGACCGCGCAUCCAUCUUCUUACAUGUCUGGGGAGAUCUUGGGCACUCUGGGAGGGAGGCAAGAUGGGGCUGCUAUUCGUGGGACCCGAUGCACCUCAUAAAAUAUCUUGUCUCGCAAUGGAUGGCGAUGCUGUCUGGGCUUCUUCGGGCCCGUAUGCCAUAAAAUAUCUCCGGGGCAAGGAGGUGCUUCGAAUAACGAAUCCGUUGGAAGCCUAUCUGUCCUUCAUCACGAUCUUCGGAACGCAGAUUAUGGCUCUCAGUGAGGAUGGCAGAAGAAUGUUUCUAUGGGACUCGACAACUGGAGAUCUGAACUCUACCAUCGAGUUUGACGUCGGGUUCACUGCGACGAUGAUCUUGCAUCCUGCUACAUACGUUAACAAGGUGCUGGUGUCAAGCAGUCAGGGCUCUAUCCAACUGUGGAACGUUCUCUCACACACAUGCAUCUUCAAGUUCUCGUCUUCCCGUCUAGUCUCUUCCCCGGAUACAGCCGACUCAAGCACUUGUUCCAUAACCGCACUGACACAGUCCCCUGCCAUAGAUGUUGUGGGAAUUGGAUUCAUGUCGGGCGAGAUUUCGGUCUAUGACGUCCGCGCAGAUGAACGUCUCAUGAGAAUGUUCAUGGAAGGAGGGGGUGUACGAGCCCUGGGAUUCCGGGCCGAUGGGCACCCUGUACUUGCAUCGGCUUCUUCCUCUGGGCAUUUGGCUUUGUGGGAUCUGAAUGCAGGUGGCAGGCUCCUUCACAUGGUUCGCGGUGCCCAUGACGGCGCCAUCACAGCCGUCGAGUGGGUGCCUGGGCAGCCUGUGCUGAUCACCUCGGGUGAGGACAACAGCGUCAAGCAAUGGCUAUUCGAUUCACCCACGGGCCCUCCUCGGCUGCUCAAGUUCAGAACCGGUCACCAAGCACCGCCGCAUCUCAUUCGAUAUUACGGCGAGGACGGCAAGCAGCUGCUCACUGCAUCUCGUGAUCGAAGCCUGCGCUGCACAUCGGUCGUGCGAGACUCUCGAUCAUUCGAACUCUCGCAAGGCACUUUGGCCAAAAAGGCGACCUCGCUGUCGAUCCCUCUCGCGUCACUGAAACUGCCGCCUGUGACCUCUCUGUCAUAUUCUUCAGCCAGGGCCAAAGACUGGGACGACAUCAUCACGGGCCACACUGACCUGCCCGGCGCUCGAACAUGGACGAUGAUGAACAAGAAGCUGGGCAGUCACACUCUUGCGUUUGGCAAUCCGGCCAAGGGCAAAGCGCACGAGCGUGCGGUCUAUGGUUCCGUGCAGUCAGUUUGUGUCACUACAUGUGGGAAUUUCAGUCUAGUGAGCACGUCCAUGGGACAGAUAUCCCUAUGGAAUCUCCAGUCGGGCAUCAAACGCAAAUCGUUUGAUAUAGGCCUGCGCCCAUCUGAGAUUUCCAUCCCGGGCAAGAAAAAAGAAGGGCGUGCGGUCUCUGGCUUGGCCACCGAUGCACUGAAUACAUUGGUGAUUGCUGCUACCACAGAUGGAACGAUCAACUUCUUCGACUUCCACACCACCAGGCUGGAGCACACAUUAACGCUUCCGGCAUCGGUGCUUUCGAUCUUGCUGAACCGGGACAGUGGGCUAUUGGCCAUCAUCUGUGAAGAUCAAGUUUUGCGCGUGGUUGAUAUCGAGACAAGACGAGUCGUGAGGGAAUUGAGCGGUUUUAAAGGCAAAAUCUUGGACAUUGCUUUUUCUCCUGAUUCUCGAUGGCUGGUCGCCACGUCCUUGGAUUCCAUCAUCCGAACGUUUGACGUGCCUACUGGUCGAUUGAUUGAUGCAUUCAGGACUCCGAGUGUAGCCACUAGCCUCACAUUCUCGCCUACCAAUGACUUCCUCGCAACAGCCCAUGUGGAUAGCGUCGGCGUCUACCUUUGGCAAGUCCCACAAUUUCACAUCUCCUUCCACAGCAUUCUAGAAGAGGACAUCGACUCUGUGGACAUGCCUUCGAUGCAGGGCGUGGCCGAAGAAGAAGCUCUGGACUCUCUUACGGCGCUCACCGUAGCUGACACACCGGAAGAUCCAUUUUCGACACCACCGCAACUAGAUGGGGAUCUAAUCACGCUUACACUGCUACCUCGGUCAAGAUGGCAGACUCUCCUCAACUUGGAAGUCAUUCAACAGCGCAAUAAACCAAAAGAACCUCCCAAAGCACCGGAACAGGCGCCAUUCUUUCUGCCCACGCUCCCAGGUGUCGAGACCCGCUUCGAGGUUCAGCAGAAGCAAGUCGAAGCCAAAAAAGAGACGCGGAGAUUAUAUCAAGCUGCCGCAAACACCAACAGUGUGUUCCUCGAGAAGCUGCUUGCUUGUGAUCCUACCAGUGAUUGUAAGCCUUUCGGGUCUCAACCUGCUGCUGUGGCACUUAUCUUUUCGAAAGACGAGGAACUCUUUGCAUUUGCCAAAACACUCUCCCCGGCUGCACUCGAUCUCGAGUUGCACUCUUUGGUCACCCUGGAGCAUCUGCAAGCCUUUAUCAUCGCGCUGACGCAGCGACUUCGCUCCCGCCGCGACUUCGAGGCCGUGCAGACUUUCCAGAGCGUGUUUCUGAGAAUGAAUGCUGACGUCAUCGUUUCCAAUGCUGAGCUCCAGUCUGAUCUCGACACAUUGAGCCAGGUGCAACGGCAAGAAAGCGAUCGUGUUCUACAGCUUAUCGCAUCAUCCCUUGGGACACUGGGUUUCCCACGGCUGAUCUUCGCUCUCCUGACUCCGAGGAGGCGUUUGUUGGAUGCGACCUGCUUGAUCGAACAACUUCGCUCUACUGGUAUGGCUGCUACAAUAACCAGGUUCUCAAUUGUCACACUUGUUCUCUUCGGGCUCUCCAUCGGGUUCGUCAUCUUCCCCGUUUACUUACGAUUAGGGACCAAGAAAAUUCCUAUCAAUCUCACCACUGCGCCGAUCCUGACCAUAGCCAUCCUAUGGGCAUCUCAAUGCAUCGGUUCCACUCAGAUUCGAGACGGGAUCGUGGGCACAUCCGGCGUUGAGCCAUAUAACAUCCUCAUCCUGUUCUUCUGUCUCGCAUACAUGACUAUCACUCUCGACAUCAGCGGGGUUUUCCAAGCAGCUGCGUUCUGGGUCUCCAACAAAGGCGGCACCCAAGGCCGACGGCUGUAUUUCUACUUCUAUGCCAUGAUCACGCUCCUGGGCAUAUUCGUGGGCAACGAUGCUGUGAUCCUCUCUGGCACGGUAUUCCUCAUCUAUUACACCCGCAGCGCCGAUGUGUACCCUGUGCCGUGGCUCAUGGCCGAGUUUGCCUCUGCCAACACCGCAAGCAUGGUCCUCGCCGUCGGCAACAUCACCAACGUCGUCAUCUGCGAAGCUUUCAACGUCCCUUUUGCAUCCUUCACGCUGUACACUAUUCUCGCCUUCCUGGCCUGCAGCGUUGCAUGCUACGGUGCUCUGGCGCUCCAAUUCCGCGAGGACAGACAUAUCCCGCGUCGGAUGAAAUCAGUGGGCACGCUGGAUGUGAGGACGGCCAUUAAGGACCCAGUAGCGGCUUGCGUCGGAUCCUUCUUGCUGUUCUCCUGCAUCGUGGUCAUCCUUGUUGUCAGUUUCUACAAGAUCGACGUCUGGAAAAUCAGCCUUCCAUUUGCGGGAUCCAAACUCGUAUUCGACCUCGUAUGGGACUACGCGCGCACCGCAUCGGGGGACUCGAGCGAGGGUUCUACGCCCAGUGGCUGGAAAUACAGGCUGUCCUCCCGCUUCCCUACAGUCUUCGCUGCACUGCCCAGACUCCCAUUCGCGCUCAUCCCCUUCUCCUUUUCCCAAUUCAUUCUCAUCGAGGCUCUGUCUCAUCAGGGUUGGAUAGACGUAUUCUCUCACUGGCUCGUGGCGGCGUCGGGGCGGUCGAUGCACGCCACCAUCUGGCUCGUGGGAGUGCUCACUGUCCUGCUCUGCAAUGUAGCUGGCACGAACAUCGGUGCGACUAUUCUGAUGACUAAGGUCGUGCUGCAGGCCGGACUCCCGCCCCAUGCCAAUCGGGCCGCCGGAGUUGCACUGGCCGUCGCAAGCAACAUCGGGGCCGUGAGCUUCACGUUUUCGGCCAGUCUAGCGGGACUUUUGUGGAAGGGGAUUCUCCAGCAGAAAGAGACCGAGAUAACAGCAGAGGAAGUGAGAAGAGAGGAGAUCGACCUUGCGACCGGCCGGCCGUCGACUGACAAGCUGACCGAGAGCUUUGCACACUGUCGAUGCUCUUCGUAUGCCGACUGUCUCAAUGUCUCGCAAGGAGUAUUCGCCAAGUGGAACGCGUUGCAGCUGCUCGUGAUGACUGUAGUCGGCCUUGGUGUUGUUUCAGCAGAGAUGGCGGUCUUGUACAGGCAUAGUCACUGAUCAGCACUCAACUCGUGAUGAGACACGUCGUGUCACAUCACGUGUCUCGAUAUUCUCAACCCCAAAACGAGCGUCUGCGACGCCUUACACGUAAUUUUUGCCAUGUAUCUUACUAACAGCAUGUCAUCCAACAAUUCGGCAUCGAUCAAGGCUUCAAUGUU